CUCCCACCCCCCCGGGUGCCAACCCGACUGCUCUUAUCACAGUUACUGAGGUAAAAGCUGAGGCUCAACAAUCUUGGCACCGGAGGGAACUCCGGAGAGACUUGCAAAUCGACUCCAAUACAAUGCUGCAUGUGGAAGCGGCCGCUUUAUCCCUUCACCGGACCGGGAAGCUCCCUCUUUAGAGAUUCGCCGCAGUUGUGCAUGGCCAGACCUGGGAAGAGCCUCCGCCUGCCACUCUGUGGAAGAUGAGCAGUGACAGCCAGUACGAGGACAGUGUAUCCAGCAUGGUGCUGGAGAACAUCAAGCACAGGCUCCUGAGCGCCUUCAGGGGAGCCUCGGCUCCGUGUGACCAUCCCGGCUCCUGCACUCUGAGCAGGAAUCCUCGAGCCGACGAGGAGCUCCGCAGAGCCAAAAUCGACGGGGCCAUCACUUGGCUCCGAACGGAACUGCUGGAGAUGAGAUCCCAGGAUCGGGAGCUCGCCAAAACCUUGCUGGAGUUAAACAGUGAAAUUCAAAAGCUAAGGCGUGAACAUGAGUUGUCCAAGAAUUCAGGUGGCAGAUCUUCCCCAGAUACCCGGGACCUUGCACUUCAAACUUCUGGGCAACAAGACAAGGAAGUAGCACGGGAAAUGCUCCGCCCUAAGAGCAGAAAGAAAACUGAUUUAAUGUAGAGUUCAUGGCCUGAGUUAAGUGUUUCACCCGAAGUUAACACAAUACACUGUUUGGGUCAGAGAACAAGGUUAUGAAAAUCCAACAGUACGGUUGGACUUUGCUUCAUUCAUAGUUGCUUGAGUUGUGUUAAUGUUGUAACUCAUAUAAAAGGUCUGGUUGAAUUAAAUUACUUUCAUAGAUUA